AGAAAAUGGCACUUUUGCAUUCGCGAAACGUGUUUUUUCUCUCUACUUUCCUUUUUGCACAAGCAAAACCUGGUGAAAUGAGCGAAUGUUUGGCAAUAAUGUUUGGGAUUUCUGUGUAAUGUGCUGGAAAUGAUCACUGAGCAUCCAUAUAGUUGUCUCUGGAAAACCAUUCUUCUCGUCUAGGUUCAUUCUUCAGUCCAAUUAUGGCAGCAGAACAAUUCUGUUUGCGAUGGAACAACUUCCAGAGCAACAUUGCUUCUGCUCUUGGCAGUUUAAAAGCUGAGCAAGACUUAGUAGAUGUGACACUUACUUGUGGUGGCAGAAGUGUCAAGGCCCAUAAAGUUAUAUUAUCUGCUUGUAGCCCUUAUUUUCGGGCUGUAUUUAAGGAAAACCCAUGCCAGCAUCCUGUUGUAAUAUUAAAAGAUGUCCGAUAUGAUGACGUUCUGGCUCUGUUAAGCUUCAUGUAUCAAGGCGAAGUGUUUAUUACUCAAGAUCAACUGUCAACUUUUUUGGAGACUGCAGAGCUAUUGCAAGUACGAGGUUUGACUGGAGCAGUAAGUCCAGUAAAAGAAUCGCCACAGCAGAAAAGUGGCCAAGGGCUAGCACCACCAGCACUGAGCAACAUCCUACAGAAGACUUUCUCCAAAUCAUCUACUAUAACCCCAUCAUCUGGAGGCAGCUCAUUAAGUCGUUCAUCUUCUUUUACAACUAAACAUGGUCAUGGAUCAUCAAAGCGCCAUGCCCCUCCUUCAUCCACAAGUCCUCCAUCAGACGCACUAUCAAACAAGGAGCAAUUAUCUGCACCAUCAUCUCCACAACAUUUACCGAAGAGACGCAAAGCCACACCUCGCAGAGUCAGUACAAGCAGUCUGGCUUCCUCAGAUGCUGGAACUGAAAAUGCAAAUUCAAACUUAAGUGCACCUGACCCAUCUCGUAUAUCUGAUGAGACUUUAGCCCACCUAGAAAAUGUAACAGUAAAUAUAUCUGAAGUCAAGCAAGAGCCAGCUGAUCGAAAUUCUGACUCAGGAGCUCUUGAAAAUGACCUGGAUCACGAAGAUGAUGGCGAAGUUUACAAUGACCACGAUGAAGAUGAUGGCGAUAAUGAUGAGAGUAAGAGUGGCUUUUAUAUGGAAAUGGAUGAAAGCAACGAAGCUGGUACUUCGAGUUUAUUGGCACGAUCACUAGCUGGAGUUUCACCUCGAAGCACUGAUGGCAUUGGUGGACUUUCAGGAAAUAAUCAAACCACAGCAACUGAUCUCACAGCAAGUGGUGAUGGGUCGAAAGGGUCAUCAUUGCAGUGUGGAACGUGCCCCCAUUGUGGACAAAACUACUCCAACCUUUCUGCAUUGAAGUAUCAUGUUCGUUUAGUUCACUCUGACCUCACCAACCGUCUCUGUUGCCACCUAUGCCCCAGAUCAUUUGUUCAAAGGGAGCAAUAUCGUCAGCACAUGUGGGACAAACAUGGCACUCGUAACUAACAGUCUUCCUGUCUCAAUUUAUUUUUCACACUAAUGCAUAGAGUCCAGGGGCUCCUCAACUCCAACAAAUCAUGAGAAAUGGUGCAUGUACAAUGCAAUGCGUUAAUUAAAGUUCGGAUGAAUGUUUCAAAAAAGAAAACACUUAUUAAUAAUAAAUGUGUGCACUUUUGAACCAUGACCAUUUCCUAACAGGCUAAAUGGUCUUACUGAACAUCUGCCUUGUUUCAGAAACGAAUUCAAUCAGUUAGAAAAUGAAAAUUUAUGAGCCAAGAUCCAUCCUGAGAGUUGUGUGUUGAUCCUUUUUCUAGUUUAUAAAUACAAGAUUGAAAGGAUCAAUGUGAACAAUUGCCAAACAAAUGUACACUGUUCUCUUGUGUGUAAAUUCCGAGCACAUUCUUUGCUAAUUUUCCUGGUCUCUUUGUGAUGACAGGACUGUGCAUUAUGAGAGACUCAUUUUUAAAUGGGGUGCCAUGCUUGUCUGGGUACGUUUGUACUCCCAUUCUUGUGAUAUGCUUUUAGGUGCAGAUGUACAGAUAGUAUUACAGGGUUUAAGGAAACCUCUUUAAUAGAGUGUUAGAUGUUGUUUAAAUUUUUAUUUAAAUCUUUGUCUGAAGUAGCUCUAGGUUUAGAUGUAUCGUAAAUUAAUGUUUGAGAAUCUGUCAGUAGUGCACAAUGAAAUAGGAGAAAUGUCGAUUCUUCAGUAGGAAAAAAAUAAUUAUUGUUUGGAUGUUUGUACCUGAGGAGAUACGGAAAUGUCGUUGUGGGGCUCGUAUCAGAAAUUGAUAGUGAGAUCUUUGAGUGAUAAGAAAAGUAAUAACUAGUGGGUGUGCAUCUUCCCUUCAUUUAUCUUGUGGAAGGACAACUCACCAUCAGAAGCAGGCUGUCACUUGUUUUUGUGGUGGAGCAAAAGAGUGAAGUCAAUCUAGGAUUGUGAUAUUGUGUUGGGCUGUCGAGGUAAAUUAUGUUUUGGAAUUAAAUUUGCGCUACUGAAGUUGUCCUUGUAGUUGAUGAUUAAACUUAAGCUUUUAUAAAGCUAAAUAUGUUUUAGGUAUAGUAAUUACAGGUCAUGAAGUGGCAAUGGUUGAGCGUUUGUAAAUAUGUCCAUUGUUUUCAACUGCGUGUUUCAAGCUUGUAAUUUGCAAGUUUAAAUGAAAACAAAUUAUGUGUAGCUGACCUAUGACAUUUGGACAAGUCUAAGUUUUCAGUAAGGUACUUUUCAUUUUACUUUUCUCUGUGGUCAUCUUCACUUUGUUUAGUAUUCUUCUCUGUUCGUUUGUUUUUAAUUAAGAUAAAUAUUGUUCAGAUAUGGCAGGACCAUCAAAUAACUUGAGCAUCACUUUACAUGUAAGUGAAUGUGGGCUUUGUCUCUCAACAUUUGCAGUCAAAUGUGCGAUAUAUAUUUAUUAUUUUCAAUUUUUUGUUUUCUUAAGCAUUGCUGCUAAUACUAACAAUGUCCCUUAUUCUCUACCCUCUGCCCCCUUCCUUUUUAACUGGUUAUUUGUUAUCUUUGGUUUUGAAAUUUUUAUUGUGUUGUAUCCCUGGUGCACUUAUUUUUUUAGAAUAGCUGUUGCGAUGUGGAUACAGUUGUACAAAGGUGUUUAAUUACUUUCUAUUCUUAAACUGGGUGUUUUUGGUCAUAUUUGAGCAUUCCAGAUGAUGCACUUUUGUCAUCACUGUUUCUUUGUUGUUUAGUAAAGAACUCUUUUUUUCAUUUUUCAUCUUCCUUAAAAAGAUGAGACUUUCACGACAACAAGCUCAUUCAUACCAUGAUGUAACAGAUGCGAUUCUUGUAUAGUUUUUGUAGAACUACAGUAUUGCAUCUUUUCUUUCUUAAACUUCUUUUUUGAUGUAAAAAUUUUGAACAACAGUUGAUUUUGUUCUAAUUUGGUUCAGUUGUUUCGUAACUAAGAUUUUACUAACUGUCCAUUUUAACACAGUUUUAAAGGCAUUUUUGGAGUUAUGCGAUAGGACCUGCUACAACCUGUUUCUUGUUUAAAUUUUAUUUGAUUGUUGUCAAAAAGUUUGCAGUGUUCCUCUGAGCAAAGGUGUGUUUAUUUUUUGGGACUCUGUCCAUUUUUGCACCUUUGUACCACAUUGCAAAUUUCAGUUGUUGACCAGUACACUAAUGGGUUAUUUAUAUUUUAGAGCAGCUUGGAUCUCUGAGGGUUGCCUGGUCCCAACCUAGCAAUCAAUUAGAUUCUAUCAAAUUUGUUAAAGGUUUGAAUAGUAUUUAUUUUAAAUAAUAAUUUAUGUACAUUGUGCCAGUCGUCAUACCUUAUAUCUGUUCCUGGUUAAAAAGGAUAUCAAACUCUAUUUGUCAUCUGAAAAAAAAACCAAAGCUUUAUUCAUGUUGAUUGUGUUAUUAUUUAAUUUUUAUGUCAUGAUUUAGUAAGUUGUUUUUAAUCCUAAUUUUAAUUGAGGGUUUCAUAGUGUAGGAAAUCAUGUGCUCGGCAAAGCUCUCUACUUGACACCUGUAGUAAGUUUGAUGGGACCAAAAAUCUGCUGUUUAGUGAAAAUUGUCUGAUGCAAGGGAGGAACUAGUUUGGUAUCUUCUCAUGUUUUGACUAUCACCCAGACUUUUAUAAAGGCUCAAUGAAAUGCAUAAUGGAUAUUUAUCAUUUGUAAUUGGAUCUAUAAUUCAUCUCUUAGUGCAGAUUUUUAAAAAUUCGUCCUGUGUUACUUUAGUAUCCUGCUGUAGAUAGAAAAGGGAAAGAAACUUUUGUGAGAAUGGCUACAAUUCCUCUUACCAGGCAACUUCCUGAAGUAAUUGAAGAUCUUUGUAUCUUAUAUUUAAAACGACUGCAGGACCCACCCGAAUUAAUAACCCAACCUGCUGACACACUUAGCACUCGUUCUAAAAUUGGCGGCUGGUAGUUUAUUGCAUGUUCAGGAAUGAUGUACCCACUUGUACCAUAAGAUUAUUUAUGGUUGCCCUCAAUGCAAGUGGCUCCUUGCAUUGAAGUGAUGUGAUUGUAUUGAGUUGUGAUUUGGUAUUUGCUGUGUUGAUGCAGAAGAGAGCAGUAUUCCACGUUAAAUAAAUGAUAUUUAGAAUUAAA